AUUCCAUAUUUCCAUUCCAUUCCAUGCCAUGCCAUGCAUCUCUCUCUCUCUAAACAAAUUCUAAGUAAACACUCGUUCGUUCUCGCCUUUCACUCACACAAUUCUUCAAACACCUUAUAAUAAAAAUAAUAGCAUCGUUCUCUGCAUGGAACACCGGCGAAAAUUAUCACGGCGUUAACAACCCCAAUGGCUUCCACCAACUCCACCUCCACCGAACCCGACCCACUCACCCCUUCCCUCCUCGAUGACGUCGCCGUUAGAGCCGUUAACAAGCGUUACGAGGGUCUUCUGACGGUGCGGACGCGAGCCAUAAAGGGAAAAGGCGCGUGGUACUGGGCCCACCUCGAACCCAUUCUGGUUCGCAACGCCGAUUCAGGCGCGCCCAAGUCCGUGAAGCUCAAGUGCUCCCUCUGCGACUCCCUCUUCUCCGCCUCCAACCCUUCUCGAACCGCUUCCGAACACCUGAAGCGAGGAACAUGCCCCAAUUUCAGCCAUUCGUCGUUGCCGUCGCCGUCGCCGAUUUCCACCGUGCUUUCCGAUUCCAAACACAGGAAGAGAAGCUCCCCUAAUCAAAUUCAAAACCACUCCUUGGCUAUGGUUGAACAGCUGGGUUACUCUCAGGUGGUGCAGGUUCAGGAGCAGUUGAACCAUCAGAGUCAACAGCAUUUGGUCUUGUCUGGCGGCAAAGAUGAUUUGUGUGCUUUGGCUGUGUUUGAAGACAGUGUGAAGAAGCUCAAGAGUCCUAAGAAUUUGUCACCUGUUGCUGUUCCUUCUUUGACCAAGGAUCAGGUUGACUCCGCCCUUGAAUUGCUUGCAGAUUGGUUCUUUGAGUCUUGUGGCUCUGUGCCUCUCUCCACUCUUCAACACCCUAAAUUUCAAGCCUUUCUUGCCCAGCUCGGUUUGCCAUCAUCUUUGUUGGGACGUGAGAUAUCGGGUUCUAGGCUUGAGGAUAGGUUCAAGGUGGCCAAGGCUGAGUCUGAAGAUAGAAUAAGGGAUGCAAUGUUUUUUCAAGUGGGGUGUGAGGGUUGGAAGAGCAAGGAGUGGUGUUGUGGAGGAGGGGAUGGUUUGGUGAAGUUUACUGUGAAUCUUCCGAAUGGGACUAGUGUGUUCCAGAAGGUGGUGUUCACUGGUGGGGGAGUGGUGUCUUCCAAGUAUGCAGAGGAGGUUUUGUGGGAGACUGUGAAUGGUGUUUGUGGGAGUGGUGUUGUGCAGAGGUGUGUUGGAAUUGUUGCAGACAAGUUUAAGACCAAAGCGUUGAGGAACUUGGAGGUUCAGAACCAUUGGAUGGUGAAUGUUUCUUGUCAGCUUCAGGGAUUCAUUGGUUUGAUCAAGGAUUUUAGCAGCGGCCUCCCACUUUUCAGGGUUGUCACUGAGAAUUGUCUUAAGGUUGCUAAUUUUAUAAACACUGAGUCUCAGGUUAGGAGUAGCUUUCUCAGAUACCGGAUGCAGGAGCUGGAGUGUGCCGGGUUGGUUCGAGUUCCCUCGCCCAAAUGUGAUGUGUUGAAGAACUUUGCAUCUGUGUUCCCAAUGCUGGAGGACAUCCUGAGCUGUUCUAGAGUAAUCCAAAUGGUGAUGUUGGAGGACACGUUUAAGGUGGCGUGCAUGGAGGAUCCACUGGCCAGAGAAGUUGCCGGGAUCAUUCAGAGUGAUGCGUUUUGGAAUGAACUGGAGGCAGUUUAUUCACUGGUGAAGCUUAUCAGAGGAGUAGUUCAGGAUAUUGAGGCUGAGAGGCCAUUGAUUGGUCGAUGCCUGCCACUUUGGGAGGAGGUUAGAACCAAAGUGAGGGAAUGGUGUGCCAAGUACAGUGUUGUGGAAGAACCUGUGGAGGAAAUACUUGAAAAACGAUUCAGGAAAAACUAUCACCCUGCAUGGUCAGCUGCAUUUAUACUUGAUCCACUUUAUUUGAUUAAAGACACUAGUGGAAAGUACCUUCCUCCAUUUAAGUGCUUGACCCGUGAACAAGAGAAAGAUGUAGAUAAAUUAUUGACGAGGCUAGCUUCCCGAGAAGAAGCUCAUGUUGUGUUGAUGGAGCUAAUGAAAUGGAGAGCAGAAGGGCUUGAUCCGCUUUAUGCACAGGCUGUACAGAUGAAACAACGAGACCCGAUUACGGGGAAGAUGAAGGUUGCAAAUCCACUGAGCAGUAGACUUGUUUGGGAAACUUGCCUGAGUGAGUUUAAAUCCCUGGGGAAGCUUGCAGUGAGGCUCAUUUUUCUGCAUGCAACUUCAUGUGGAUUUAAGAGUAGUAGCUCUUUCAUGAGGAAGAUUUCUGCACAUAAGCACUCAAGAAUUUCCUUGGAAAGAGCUCAGAAAAUGGUAUAUAUUGCAGCUCAUGCCAAGCUUGAAAGACGAGACUUUUCCAAUGAGGAAGAAAAGGAAGCAGAACUGCUUGCCAUGGCAGGUAGUGAUGAUGGCAAUGGCAUGCUGGUUGAGGUCUUUGCUGAUGCACCCCUAUUAGUUGGAAUUGCUUGAAGCAGUUGGGUGGGUGGCAAACCGGACUUGGUCAUGACGUGGGUCAACCUCGGAAGAACAUGAGAAAGAAUCUUUGUUGCUGAAGAAGCACUUCUUAUAGAUAAUCCGGCAUAUCUACUGGAGUGUUUGUUUCUGACAAAUGGUUAGGCCCACCACGGAGGAAGUGGCUGUCCAUGUCACUGCUUUGGUUGUCAUGGUCAAAGAAAAGUGAGGUUUGCAAAUGAACCGUUUGGCUUGCAUGAUUGCUAAAAAGUCUUGGAGAAAGUUGAAGCAAGGAGUGUAGAAAAAGAAAAACAAAGGGAAAGCAAGGAGGCCUGUCGGCAUAAGGAGAUGCAUAAUAUGGGCGAGGGAUAACAUUGCAAAUAUGCUACAUCAUAAAGCUUUUUUGCAUUGACAGUGGAUCAUGUCGGCAAGGCGAAGCAAUUCUGACUUCCUACCAACUCAAAGGAGAGCAGAAUGUGAUGAUUGGCACAGGGACAAUGCCUUACAAGAGUCUUCAUAGUUUCAUGUUCCCUCAUGAUUAAUCAUCCUUUCAGUGUCGCUUUUCUUCUUCCUACUUAACAUAAUCGUUGUUUCAAAAAUGGGUAUGGUGCUAAGUGGGCCAUACUUGACCAAAAUUUAAAUCUUGAUUAAGGAAAUUGAUGGUAGUGUUUCCUAAUCGCCAGAGCACUCCUUGUAGGAAUACCUUGGUUUGAAAAAAAAAAAAAGAAAUGAAGAUACAUGUAAGAAUAGAUAAUUCCAGUGGCAUGCUGUAUCUGUAAUAUUUUGACACCUAAACAUUUUUUUCUUUCAUUAUUCAUUAAAAAAAGGAAGAAAGAGCUUUUUCAUUACCAUGUUUCUAUGGUCAUAGAACUAAUCAGCAAAAAAUUUCAGUAAUCAUGGGAAAAAUUAGAAAUACACACAACAGAU